CGACCACUCCUCACCAAGUCCUUGCCCCGGCUCACCGACAAAGGCCUUCUCUGCUCAGUUCGACAGACGGACAGAGUGUCUUCAGCGUACAUCAGCCGCAGUCAAUCGCCCUGAUCGCAAAAGAAGCACUUUGCAGACGGCCGAUCUCCCACCCCUCUCCAGUGACCAUCUUUGCCCAACAAGGACUUUCUUUGACUUCAUCGCCCCGAAGCCUACAGGCAAAGUACGCGAGCAAACACGACCUUCAAGGAUCAAAGUAAAACAAACGAAAGCCAAUAUGCCGCCCGUUGCGAGACCCGACACGGUGCUCAAGCGCGCCGAGGAGCUGAUUGGCGUCGGCCAGUCGCAGGCUGCGCUGCAAGCACUUCACGACAUUUUCACCUCGCGUCGCUUCAAGCAGACGCCGCUCUCCUCGCUCGAGCCUAUCGUCCUGCGCUUCAUCGACCUCUGCGUUGAGCUUAAGCGCGGUCGCACCGCCAAGGAUGGCCUCGUUCAGUACAAGAAUGCCUCGCAGAACUCUAACCCUGCUAGCAUCGAGCUCGUCAUCAAUCACUUCCUCAAGCUCGCCAACCAAAAGGUCGUCGAGGCGCAAGAGAAGGCCAACCACGUCACCGGCGGCGCGUUGACGCAGGAUGACGCUGCUGCCGGUGAAGGCGGCGAAGCAGCCGCCGAGGCUGAGGUCGACGAUCUCGAGGAGAGCGAGACGCCUGAGUCAAUGUUGCUUGGGUCUGUCAGUGUGGAGGAGAGCAAGGACCGUACGGACCGCGUGCUCGUCACGCCUUGGCUCAAGUUCCUCUGGGAGGCCUACCGCACUGCCCUCGACAUUCUCAAGAACAAUGCUCGUCUCGAGCUGCCGUACCAGCAGGUCGCUCACCAGGCCUUGAAGUUCUGCUUGACCUACCAGCGCAAGACGGAGUUCAGGCGUCUAUGCGAGCUCAUGCGCAACCACUUGCAAAACGUGUCUCGCUUCGGACAACACAACAAUGCCAUUAACCUCACUGAUGCUGACACGCUCCAGCGCCACCUCGACACCCGCUUCGCCCAACUCAACAGCGCAGUCGAGCUUGAGCUUUGGCAGGAGGCCUUCCGCAGCGUCGAAGACGUCCAUAAUUUGCUCACCACCGCCAAAAAGGCGCCCCGGCCGACGAUGAUGGCAAACUACUACGAGAAGCUCGCACGCAUCUUCCUCGUCAGCGACAAUGCCCUCUUCCACGCCGCCGCUUGGAACAGGUACUACAGUCUGGCCAGGCUCAGCGGCAAGUCGGACGACGAGCAGGCCAAGAUCGCGUCGUACGUCUUGCUCAGCGCCCUCGCUGUGCCUGUCAUCUCAAGCAGUGCGCCCGGCACUGGCAACCUCAACCGCGUGAAGACCGACUUUUUGCAAGGGGAUGUUGAGGGGCGGUCUCGCACCGGCCGUCUGACGGCGCUGCUCGGUCUUCAGCGCACGCCUACGCGCGCUGGCUUGCUGAAGGAGGCGCUCAUGCGCAACGUCCUCAAGAAGGCGCUACCGGAGAUCCGCGAGCUGUACCACAUGCUCGAAGUCGAGUUCCACCCACUUAGCAUCUGCGCCAAGAUACAGCCGAUCAUCGCCAAGCUCGCCGCAGACCAAAGCGGAAUGGGUCGCUACGUCAAGCAGCUCCACUCGGUCAUCCUCACCCGGCUCUUCCAGCAGCUCAGCCAGGUGUACGACAAGGUCAAGCUUACCAAGGUCAUGGACCUUGUCUCUCCCUUUGAGGCACCGUACAACUACACGGCGGCCGAUAUUGAACGAUUCGCUCUCAACGCCUGCAAGCGCGGCCAUCUAAACAUCAGCAUCGACCACCUCGAAAAGGCCAUUACGUUCCAGGACGACGUUUUCCAGACCGACUUGCACCCCUCUUCGCAGCCCAGCGCCAGCGGAGGCUCCUCCUUCUCGGCCAACGCGGCCAUUGAGGCGGACAGCGUCCGCCUGCAGAGCACGCCGUCGGAGCUGGUUCGCACGCAGCUCCAGCGCCUUGCGUACACACUCGAUACGACUAUCAAGGUCAUUGAUCCCACCAUCGUUGAAAUCGCCACCAGGGCCAAGCGUGAGGCCUUCGCACACGCCAUCGCCGUCGCGGACCAGGAGCACCGCGCUGCCGUCGCGCGCAAGGCCAUCCUCGCGCGCAGGAAGGAGCUGCUGACCGAAAAGGCCGCUGCGCGUGAGAAGGACGAGGCAGUCGCCCGCGCCGAGCGCGCCAGGGCCGCGGCCGAGGCCGAGCGUAAGCGCAUUGAAGAGGAGAACCGCCGCCGUGAGCAGGAGCGCAUCAAGAAGGAGCUCGAGGCCGUGCGCGUCGAAGAAGCGCGCAAGAUGGCACAGAAUCUCAAGGAGCGCGGCGGUCUCAAGCUUGAAGACGCCGAGAUUGCCAACCUGGAUACGGACCAGCUCGUGCAGAUGCAGGUCGAACAGAUUGAAAAGGAGAAGCGCGAUCUCAACGAGCGUCUGCGUGUCAUCCAUCGUCGUAUGGAUCACAUAGAACGUGCCUACCGUCGCGAGGAGAUUCCCUUGCUCGGCGAGGACUACGAGCGCCAAAAAGCCGUGGACCUGCAGUUCUACAACGCCUCGCACACGACACUGCUGCAGGCCGCCAAGGAGAAGCACGAGCACGACGUCGAGGUCAAGAAGCGCCUGAUUAAGAUCCUACCCGACUACAAGGUCCUUCGCGCAGAGCUCGAGGAAAAGCGGAAGGAGGAGAUCAGCCAGAAGAAGGCAAAGGCGCAGAAGAUGAUCGAGAAGGAGAAGGCAAAGAGGAAGGCGGCUGCCAUCCAGGCUCGCAAGGACGAGAUUGCGCGCGCCGAAGAGGAGGAGCGGCUCCGCGUCCUGGAGGAGGAGCGUGAGCGCAAGCGUGCAGAGGAGGAAGCUCGGCGCGAAGAAGAACGCAAGGCAGAGGCUGCUCAGAAGGCCGAAGCCGAGGCGGCAAGACGGGCCGAGCGCGAGGCCGAGCGCCGAAAGCUGGACGAGAUUGCCGAAAAGCAGCGCCAGAGGGAGCGCGAGGCGGAAGAGCGAUUGUUGGCCAAGCGCGAAGAGGAACGGCGUCGCGGCGCUGGCAGCGGCUCCAGCACUCCAAGCACUGGCGGCGCGUGGCGACCAACGCGGGCUUCAGCGACGGCCACGCCGGAUUCACGAGAUGAGCCAUCAGCUGGCCCACCGCUGUUCGGCAAUGGUGGCGGUUGGAGAGAAAAGGCUGCGGCAAAGGCUCAGCAAGGUGGCACAUCAACCCCUGCGACCAAUGGCUCUUCCACGCCCCCAAGAGUGUCGGCGGACAGCAGUCCGGUGCCGACUGGGCGCACAUCCGCAGCAGGUGCUCCCGACGCAGCGUCUAAGCCUAGCGUCUACCGCCCGGGCGCGUUCGCAGCCCGUAAACUUGGCUCAGGCCCCUCUUGGCGCGAAAGGGAGGCUGCCAAGCAACAGGCCGACAGCAAGUAGACGUCGAGGCGCGCUCUGCUCCGAUUCUUCUUAUGCACCGAUCCCACAAAAGUGUCCAGACGACGACAUCCAUACAGUUCUGUACUCCAGCAUGUUCCCUUCCAAUAACUAUGCCUGCUUGAGAAAUU